AUGGAAGAAGGAAAGGAAAUUUCCGAGCCAAAAGUGGAAAGCGAGGCUCACCAAGUAAGCGAAGGCACUGAAACUUCAGAAAAGAAAGAAGACAUUGUGACUCCUUUCAAUAUAAGUGCUGGUGACACAGGAGUUGACUAUGACAAACUGGUAGCACAGUUUGGAUGUCAAUAUGUAGUUCCUGAGCAUGUUGCUCAAUUCGAAGCUAUCACAGGCCGCAAAGCUCACCACUUGCUAAGAAGAGGGAUUUAUUUUGCCCAUAGAGAUCUUGAUAUGAUUUUAACUCGUGCAAGAGAAGGAAAACCCUGGUAUCUAUACACUGGCAGAGGGCCAAGCUCAGCCGCUCUUCAUCUAGGCCACUUGAUUCCUUUCAUCUUCAAUAAAUGGCUCCAAGACGUGUUUGAUGUCCCAAUCUGCAUACAAAUUACUGAUGAUGAAAAAUACCUUUACCGACCUGAGCUAAGCUUUGAUGACGUCCAAGGAUUUGCAAGGGAAAACAUCCGUGACAUCAUUGCAUGUGGCUUUGAUAUUAUUCUGCAUUUUAUUGAAUUUUUACUAUUUUUUUUGAAAAAAAAAUUUACGUAUAAGAAAUUUAAUAUGGUAUAAUAAGACUUUUAUUUUCAAAGACACUGACUAUAUAAAGCAGCUUUAUCCAAACUUCAUAAAAAUGCAAAAACAUAUCACUCUUAAUCAAAUUUUUGGGUGCUUUGGCUUUGAUGGCAGCGAUAAUGUAGGGAAAUUUGCUUAUCCGCCUCUGCAGGCAGUCCCAGCCUUUUCUAACUCUUUCCCUCAUCUUUUUGGGACUAGGACUGACAUCCCUUGCUUGAUUCCAGAAGCAAUAGACCAGGAUCCUUAUUUCAGAAUGACCAGAGAUGUCGCGCCAAGAAUUCAGUAUUUAAAGCCAGCGGUUCUCCAUGCGAAAUUUUUCCCAGCAUUGCAAGGGUUGAAUACUAAAAUGAGCGCAAGUGAUGAGAACUCAGCUAUUUAUUUGACCGAUACCCCUGAUAUGAUUGAAAAGAAGAUUAAAAGCUAUGCUUUUUCAGGUGGUGGGAGGUCAUUAAAAGAACAUAGAGAAAAAGGAGCUAAUUUGAGCGUAGAUGUACCGUUCCAGUACUUGUCUUUCUUCAUGGAAGAUGAUGAAAGACUUGAAGAAAUUAGAGUAAAAUAUGGAAGCGGAGAAAUGCUGACUAGCGAAGUGAAAAAAGAUUUAAUUACUCUAUUGCAAAAUCUUGUUGCAGAACAUCAAAGAAAAAGAGCUGAAGUAACGGAUGAAAUCAUUGAUGAGUUCAUGAGACCUAGACCUCUAAAUAUAAGGCUAUAG